UCAGGCUUCGCGCGUUUUAAUGCGAUGGUGUCCCCACGGGAUCAAAUUUCAGCGUCACAGCUGGGGACUGGCUUCGCGGUCCUUGAAGGGAGAGCAUGAGCAGGUGGUAUGUGCGACCCUCUUCUGGCUGGCCUACCCCAGGACCCUGACUACUCUGUGCUCUGCUACUGCUCAUCUCCCUUGCCCUCCAACGGGUGUUUGCCUGCUAACGGGAAGUGUGACAAGCUCUUCCUCAGACAAGACCUUGAAUUAUACAAUUCACUGGUCCAGGACCCCAGAGCCAGAGAUCAUGGGGCCAGCUUCUUCUGAGAACACAGUGCCGAGUAUAGACUGGAGGCUAGAGAGGGACUUGGAGCCUCAGUCGUAUGGGUCUCCCAUCUUCCAGAACCCAGACUCGCGGGAGCAGUGUAAUGAUCAGGACCUUCUGAAGAGGCAUCACAACACCACUAAGAAGCCCUUGGAGACCAACUCUUCCAAAGUCAAAGUUAAGUCCACCAUGAUGAUUCCUGACUCCCAGAAGCUCUUGCGCUGCGAACUGGAGUCACUCAAGGCCCAGCUACAGGCCCAGACCAAGGCUUUUGAGUUCCUGAACCACUCAGUGACCAUGCUGGAGAAGGAGAGCUGCCUGCAGCAAAUCAAGAUCCAACAGCUUGAAGAGGUUUUGAGUCCUAUAAGCCGCCAGACAGAGAAGGAGGGACACAAGUGGGGUGUGGAGCAGGGACGCCAGGAGCUGUAUGGGGCCCUGGCUCAAGGCCUUCAGGGGCUACAGAAGACCCUGCGUGACAGCGAGGAGGUGCAGAGGACCCGCACCACUCACUGCCUGCAGCUGCUGGCCCAGGAGAUCCGGGACAGGCUGCACUGUCCCCUCAGCAAGAAGUUCCUGUGGGAGGAGCUGGAGCUGGUGCAGGAGGAGGUGACCUUCAUCUAUCAGAAGCUCCAGGCUCAGGAGGAUGAGAUCACAGAGAACCUGGUGAACAUCCAGAAGAUGCAAAAGACACAGGUGAAGUGCCGCAAGGUCCUGACCAAGAUGAAGCAGCAGGGGUAUGAGACAUCCAACUGGCCGGAGACCGAGGAGGUGCCAUCAGGAGGCAGUGGCUCCUGGAGGGAUGACCUCCAAAAGGAGCUGAGUGACAUAUGGUGAUGCCCCGCCCCCACUCUAACCUCUGACUCCUGACCUUCAACUGCCUUGCCUUCCCACCAAUCAGAUCCAGCGGUGACUACCAGAACUGGAACCCACCCAGUCCGGGCUUCCC